GUUUUUCUGCAGACAUUUCAUGCCUUGAGUGUUUGGCUGGAAAAACAUCUCUGAAGAAUCAUGAGGAGCACAUGUAUGGCCUUUGUGCUCCUAUUGAUAAUGCCGCAGUGCAUGGCUUCAGAUUUACCGUUUCAGCUUACCAAUAUAGCUGGCUUUUGUUUGGUUAAAAUGGAUACCAUCUGCCAAGAAGUACGCUGGACGACUGCUGGACGAUUGCUGGUACCUGGGAAAAAUAAAUGCCUCGGAGUCCAGGGAAAAACUGUGGGAAGUGAAGUAAGCCUCUAUGAUUGUGAUGAAACAAGUGAACUCCAAAAGUGGGAAUGUAAGAAUGAAACGGUGCUCGCCCUCCAAGGCCAGCAGCUGUAUGUUGAGCUCAAAGCAGAUAACACAGCUGUACUCUCGAAAACAGCUGGACCAAACAGCCAACUCACAAUUUCAGGCACAUCUAGUGGAGCUUGCACAAGAACAUACAGAGAAUUUUACACAAUUGAGGGCAAUGCAGCAGGAAGGCCCUGCAUGUUCCCUUUUCUAUUUGAAAACCAGUGGUACUCAAGUUGCACUCUGACCAGCUCUAUAAAUAAUCAUUCUUGGUGUGCUGUUGAAACUAAAUAUGAACAUGAGAUGUGGGGCUACUGCCCAACAAACUCUAAGGACAACUGGAUAAAACACCCAACAAACGGAGCAAUUUAUCAGCUGAACACAAAUUCUGCUCUGACAUGGUCAGAGGCUGAAAUAAGCUGUAAGCAGCAGAGUGCCUCCUUGCUCAGCAUCAACGAUCCUCACGAGCAGGCUUAUAUCACAGCAUUACUUGAGCCAGGAGGUGCCCACCAAGGAUACAAGCUCUGGAAUGGACUGACUCUGAAUUCAGAACAUGGCUGGAAAUGGUCUAAUGGGAACCCUUUUCGUUACCUGAAUUGGGAUUCGGGACACCCACUUUCCAAUCCAGGAUAUAGCUGUGGAAUGAUGGAUGGUGUUUUAAGGUACUCUUGGCAAAGUUCAAAAUGCAACAAGAAACUGGGCUACAUCUGCUACAGUCAAGGAGUUCUGGCUUCUCCAACUGAGGGCCUCGGUACGGGAUUCUGUUCAUCAACAUGGAUUCCAUAUAAUGGUCACUGCUUCCAUCUUUCUCCUGCUAAAAAAAGCUGGUCUGAUGCUCAGUUAGCUUGUCGUAAGGAGGGAGGGGACCUGGCGAGCAUCCGCAAUAUGGAGGACCAAAGUUUUGUCAUCUCUCAGCUUGGAUAUGCCCCGACUGAUGAGCUUUGGAUUGGACUAAAUGACAAGAAAAGAGAAGGCCUGUUUGACUGGACUGACCACACCACAGUUACCUUCACUAGCUGGGAGUUUGGAAGACCAGCUGUUGCAACAGACCAAGAUUGCGUUCUCAUUAGGGGAGAGAGUGGAAACUGGGCUGAGCGUGACUGUAAAGAGAAACAUGGCUUUAUUUGUAAGAAAACCAGUGCUUCUGAACCCUCUGGAGAAGAAGUACAGCAGAAUGCAGGAUGCAAAACUGGUUGGAAAAGAUACGGCUCUUACUGUUACUUUAUUGGAACUGAGAGAAAAACAUUUGAAGAAGCAAAAGAGGACUGCGGGAGAUCAAAUUCCUACUUAGCAGAUGUUUCAACCAGGGUGGAUAAUGCCUUCCUAGUCAGCUUGGUGGGUCUAAGACCAGAGAAACACUUCUGGUUAGGGCUGUCAAACCAGAAGAACCGAGACGUUUUUGAGUGGACCAGCAUGGUCCCUGUGAAAUAUACUCACUGGAAUAGUGAAAUGCCAGGCCACCAACAGGGUUGCGUUGCGAUGGCAACUGGUAGUUCUGCGGGCCUCUGGGAUGUGUUGCCUUGUAUCAAUAGAGAGAAGUACAUCUGUAAACAUCUGGCAGAGGGGGCAAUUUUGACUCCUGCACCACCAACAGUUCCCUCUGUCCAUUGUGCAGCUGGAUGGACCAAAGUAAUAACAAGAUACGUCUGCUAUAAGAUAUUUUCUGGGACUUCAGAAAGUAAGACAUGGUUUGAAGCCAGGGAUUACUGCAGAGCAAUCGGAGGAGACCUAAUAAGCUUCCACAGUGCUGCUGAGCUGAAGUUGGAUCGCUUUUACAACUAUGGAGAAGUCUGGAUUGGACUUAGUGCCCCUGACCAGGGCACUGGUUAUGUGUGGAGUGAUGGAUCCCCAGUAAACUUUCAGCACUGGUACGACGGAGAACCAAACAAUAAAAACAACGUUGAAUCCUGUGUUGAAUUGUAUCGACAUUUUUCGGAUAAAAAAGGGUCUUGGAAUGAUAAUCAAUGUGAAGGGUAUAAAGGCUGGGUUUGUCAGAUCCCUACAGGAGUUACUCCAAAGUUACCACCACCUCCUGCAACUCCAGAUUAUAACCAAACCUCUGAUGGGUGGCUGGAAUGGAGGGGAAAUCAGUACUUUUUUCAAACACAAUUAAUGGCCAAUGAAGAUGCUCAGCAGUUCUGCAAAGAGAGACAUGGUGACCUCGUAACCAUUGACAGUGAAGCAGAGCGUAUUUUUCUGUGGAAACAGAUAUCUAAAAUGGUUAAUUCUUUCUGGAUUGGCCUAACUGUGGAUCUUGACAAAUCACUUCAAUGGAUGGAUGGUUCUCCAGUAAUCUUUCAAAUGUGGGAUGAAGGACAACCAAAUUUCAUAAAUUCAGAUGAAAACUGUGUUGUUAUGAGGUCAUACCAUGGGUUCUGGCAUGAUUACAACUGUGGAUAUGAAUUCAAGUCUAUUUGUAAGCGCAGUGGCACACCACAUGUCAAUGCUACUGUGGCUCCUACAGUGUCACCUAAAGGUAGCUGCAAAGAUGGCUGGAAAAAGAUUAACUUCAAGUGUUACAAGAUCGUAAAAGACCAAAACUUAACGUGGCAUGGAGCGAGGCAGCAGUGCAGAGACAUAGGAGGAAACUUGGCCUCUAUUCCCUCAAGACAUGUGGAAGUGUUUUUAUUGUCUGAAAUGGUUAGCACUCCAACUACAGACCUAUGGAUUGGUUUUCAUAGCACAUAUGAAGAUGGGUUUUACUGGACUGAUGGACGGCCAAAGUCGUAUGUCAACCUCAGACAGUCUGAACAUCACAUCAUUCCACCCUUUCUACACGUUCCAUACCAUGACAGAUAUCUGAUCAGUCAAAGGUUUGAAAGCAAUAAAGACUGUGCUGUGAUCAACACUGAUUCUUCACUUGGAAUUGGUAAAUGGGUCCCUAAGUCUUGCAAUGACAUGCAUGGAUUUAUAUGUCUUAAAGAUGUUGAACAAACUGGACAUGAUCCCAUUGAACCAACAACGUCUAACAACUACUUCAAAAUACUUAAUGAUUCCAUCAAGCUUGUUCCUCAGCAAAUGAGCUGGGAUGCAGCUCAGAAGCAUUGUGAAGCUGAAGAUGCCAAGCUAGCCAGCGUGCGGACUGAGUGGACACAUGCUUACAUUCAGCUACUGGCUAUGAAUCUAAAGAGACCCCUAUGGAUUGGACUCAACAAAGCACUGACUAAUAACUAUUUCAGAUACAUUGAUGGCUGGCCAAUAAUAUCUACUUACUGGGGCAAUGAUGAACCACAUACAGAUGGAAUUUGUGUCUAUGUGGAUGUGGAUGGAAAAUGGAAAACUAAUAACUGCAGUCAGAACAUCAGCAGUGUGUGCAUGAAGUCCACAGACACACCCCCAAGAGAUGAGUCAAAAGACUUUCCCGGAGUUUGUCCAGAAGACCCAGAUCCAAUCACCCCAUGGCGGCGCUAUGCCUGGAAACCUUUCAGAGGUUUCUGUUACAUAUUUUUCUCUGAGUUGAAAGAGUGGCAAAAUGCAGCAGCAGACUGUAUAGCACAUGGUGGAAUCCUUGCCAGCAUUGCAGAUCCCUCUGAACAGGAAUUCAUACAAAAUAACAUUAGAACAUUCCAGAGCAAAGAAAUAUCCUACUGGUUGGGCCUCUUCAAAACUCAUAAAGGAGAGUGGUUGUGGUUGGAUAAAACAGUCAUGGAUUACUCUAAUUGGCAACGCGGUCAACCUCGUUAUAAGAUCUAUGGUUUGAUUAGUACCUCAGAUGGGAGAUGGGUUACUGGAAAUUGGUGGAAUGAUAGACCAUACAUCUGCAAAACAGCCAAAGUGUUACUGUCAGUGCCAUCACCGAAACCACAUGUUGACAGAGUUUCUCAAGGUCGUGGCCGCACAGCUUUAACAGCUGUGUUAGUCAUUGCUGGGAUUGCAAUGGGAGCAGGCAUUGCCUUUUUCCUGUUCAAGAAGUCUGGUCGUCACAUACCAACCAUAACAGUCCCUAAUGGGUUAACUGCCUUUGACAACCCACUUUUCAGCAGCAGCCGGUCGCAGCCAAAUUUGGUGGAUAGUAAAAACCUGGUGGGGAAUGCAGAUGAAGAUGACACUCAACCUGUGAUAACUAUAUAACUUUACAAGACAACAGAAGUUGCAUGGAAGUAUUAUGUUAUUCCGAUGCAUUUGUACAGUCAUAGAAUCAAAUGUAAAUGCUAAGAAUGUCUUAUAAAAGACAACUGUAACAAUCAAUUAACUGCAAUAUAACAAGCAGCAUGGAAGCAACUGUAUUCUAACUACUGUAAAAGUUGUAUAAAAAAUAAUGAAGACUGUCUCACAGCUAAAAGCACUGAAAUGGUAUUCCAUUAUUUUAAACAUUGUGAAAACUGAAAGAAACCUUUUUUAUUUGACUGAAUUUUUAUGAAUGUGUUCCUGGACAGUUGGAGGUUUUAAAACGUCUUUACAUAGUUUUCAACAUCCUAACAACAUACAUAUAACCUUAUCAGGUAAUACAAAGAAAUUAUAAUUUAUUGAAUUUCAGUUUCUGCUCCCUCCUCCUACAUGUUGAUGUGCCCCUGGACAAGGCACUUUUGCUCUAGGUUGUCUAUCAAUCUGUUUCUCAGUGUACAAAUGUGUACAUGUUUGUGAGUGCAGUUGGGUGAAUAUGGCUCUACUGUAAAGUGCUUUUGAGUGGUCAGUAGAGAUAGAAACAGGCAAUAUAUGAAUUAAGUCCAUUUAGAAUUCAUUUAACCUGUAAUAAAACACAUCAAAGAAAUCUGUUUCUCUCAUUCAAAAUGGUGUGAAAAGGACAAUUAAACACCAGCUUUGUACAUAAUAAUGUCCAAAAUCAAAGAUUAAAUAAAGUUUUUAACUAUGCUUAGAGCACACAGAGAACAUAUGAGCACUAGGGGAACAUCAGAAGAAAGAAUGUGUCCUUAAAUCGGUUGAACGUCUUGUCAGACCAACACAGGGCAGCAUUCUGCAAGAGAGGAUAUAUAUAUAUUUUUUAAUUUUAGUUAUUUAUAGUGAUGGAAGACCUAUGACAGUGUUGACAAGUAAGGCAUAGCAUAUGAAGCAGAUGGUUGCCUAGAUGUGCCAGGACAGCUUUGCUCUACAUAAUGCUAUCCGGAGAUGGUAUCUCAAUUGUUUGAUUGACUUUAUCAAAUCAGGUUUCCAUUUGACAGAGCAGACACGUCGCAUUAAUAAAAUAUUAACUUCUGUUUGCAUAA